UGCUUUUCCCUUUGCUUUCAUCGCCUUCUGACGUCCCUCUUGGUUGUAGGGGCUUUCAGGGAACAAAACGCCUAACGACCAUGUCCUCGGUUACCGAAGGAGAAUCAACGACCCAAAGGCAAAGAACGCCGAGAACCACCGAGUCGACCACCAAACAGAGCGCAGUCAAUCGAAUCGGUGUCUCGAUAGUCGGUGUGGCCAUUCUGGCAGGAGCCGUCAUCCUCUGGGUUGUUUUCUCUGGCGGUUCCAAGAAGACAAGUGAACUUCCCUCUGUUCCUCCAGUCGUCAUGCACGAGGAAGCUCCUUUAGCGAUGCCCCACACUCCCGCCCCCUAUUUACCAGCAGCGCAAACCAUGAGGAAGGUUUUCGAGCGCCCUCGUAAUCAACUACUGUUUACCACUAAAACUGAAAGGGGCCCGGCUGUUGCUGUUAACCAGCAAGAGGCAGAUUUCGUACCGUUGCCGAGGACAAACUUUCCAGAAAAGUUACCAAUGACAGUCCUUCCUGUGCAUUACGACAUCAUGUUCAAGAUUAUCAUGGAUGCAAGAAAGUUUAACAACUACAUGUACGGUGACGCCUACUUCCUCGGGAAGGCCAUAAUUGAGAUCCGUGCGGUGGUACCAACAAGGGCGAUCUUCUUGCAUGCCACCGGUUUCACCUUAAAAGAGCAUCAAACAACGCUAAUGAAGACCGUUGACAAGACGUUCAUCGGCAUCGGAAAGAUGUCGGUCAACGACGAAUUGGAGAUGCUCAAAAUCGAGCUGGACUCUGAGCUCGAGCCCAACCAGACUUACAGCCUGUCACUGGAAUUCGCGGGUCCCAUGCACACAUCGGCAAGAGGCCUCUACAAGUCGUACCAUGCCAUAAAUGGAGUGAGCGUUAAAAUUGCUGGCACCCAAUUUGAGCCUACGUAUGCCCGCAAGGCUUUCCCUUGCUUCGAUGAGCCAGCUCUCAAGGCUACCUUCGACCUGGUGAUCGUGAGACCAAAAAAUUACCGCACCUUCUCGAACAUGCCUCUGACGCGGAGUGAAGACAGAGCUCAAGAUUUCGUAGCUGAUUAUUAUGACCGAUCCCCGGCUAUGUCGACGUACCACCUGGCCUUUGUUCUUACUCCAUACUUCACCGCAGGAAUGGGAGUGGUAAAGGUUCAAGCUCCAAGCCAACAGCUGCAGAAUGCAGAGUAUGCUCUGAAAAUGGCACCAAAGCUUCUGUCGUUCUACCGGGAGACAUUUGGCUUGGAUUUCCCACUGCCAAAGCUCGACCUAGUGAGCAUGCCAACUUUAAUUGGACCGGCUAUUGAGAACUGGGGUAUCAUCACUAUUCAGCCUCAUUACUUACAAUACGCAAAUGAUGAAACACCAUUUACGGUAAAGGUGGAGUCCUUAAAAAUCAUCGCCCAGAAGAUAGCGCAACAGUGGAUUGGCGGCCUGGUCACAAUGAAUUGGUGGGACCACUUAUGGCUGAAAGAAGGUCUCUCCAAUUACUUCGCUUACCGGGCUGGAUCAGCAGCAGACCCACAGACGGACAUGCUGCCUACGAUACUUGUAAAGGAAGUGCACGCUGCUAUGGAAACGGAUGGCCACAACUCCACGAGGACGGCUUCGAGACCAGUGAACGACCCUGUCGAGAUACGGAAGCAAUACAACAGCCUGACGUACACAAAGGGCGUUUCCCUUUGCCGGAUGAUGGCUCAUCUAAUUCCUACGAACGCUUUCAACCUAGGACUAAAAGAAUUCCUGAGAAAGUACAGCUACAAGGCAGCGCAGCCAGAACAUUUGUUCAGAGAACUCAACUCUGUUCAGCGACAGCUCUUUGGAAGCGUCGUUGUGAACUACACUUCCGUCAUGGACCGCUGGCUAACUCGCAGCGGUUUCCCCGUAGUCACCCUGAAACGUUCAUACGCAGAGAGAACAGCAACAAUCUCCCAAACAAGGUUCUUCUUCGGGGCGUCAACCGAUGAGGGGACACUAUGGCAGGUUCCAAUCACAUACGUCACGGAAGAAAACCCGGACUUUGAAACAACGACGCCCAAAAUGUGGUUAAGAAAUGUAGAAGCUCCUGUAAUGGAAAUGCCUCCAAAGAACCGAUGGGUGAUUCUUAAUGUGAAGGAAGCGUACCUUUACAAGGUCAACUACGAUAAAACAAACUGGCUUCUUAUCAUCAGCCAGCUGGAGAAUGACCAUAAGGUGAUUCAUGAAAACAACCGUGCUCAGCUAAUCGACGACUGUUUGGAUUUUGGACGGGCUGGGAUCAUUCCCUACGACUUGGCGUUUGAUCUGCUCGAAUAUCUACCCAAAGAAAGGCAUUUCCUUCCCUGGACAUCAGCACUAGCCAACUUUCAAAGGCUGGACCCAGUCCUACGGCACACCAAGGUGUACCCAAAGUGGAAGAAAUUUGUGAAUCACCUGCUGACUAAUAUCUACGACAGGCUGAUGUCGGAGGAACACAGAGAUGAAUCUCUCCAGAUCUCAAUACUACGCGUGGCCAUAUUGACGCUGACCUGUGACUACGGGCAUGAGCCGUGUGUGUCCUUCUGCAAAAAAAUGUUCGAAAAUCUCAAGAGCAACUAUGAGCUCUCUUAUCACAUGAUCCCAUAUUCCUACCGAUCACUGGUGUAUUGUCAGGCCAUCAAGUUUGGCAAUGAAGCAGACUUCAAUUUCCUCUGGAAGCACUACGAGACAGCUGCUACAAACCAGGAACGUGCGGUACUAAUCAAAGCGCUGUCGUGUACGCCCGACCUGAAGCUGCUUGAAAAGCUACUAUUGAAGCUAAUCAAUAAGAAGUCAGGUGUGGAGACGACACAAAGAGCGGCUAACCUGCUAAACGCGAUAUCUUCCACCAGCCUCUCGGGAAGUUCAACUGUCGUACGCUUCAUGUCGAGUCACCAGGAAGCCGUUUUCGGCCGGUAUGGAACACUUCAAGGUUUAUUCGAUUCAAUUCUCGAGUCUAUAGUAGACAACAUUCGUCACGAAAGCGAACUGCAAAAACUACACGACAUCUACGAACGAACAAAAGAUGUUUUGCCGGAAGAAGAGGAGAAGGUUCAGCGCAUGAUCGGCAACGCCAAAGAGCACAUCCAUUGGACAACGCGGUACUACAGGGAUGUUGAGACAUGGCUCGAGAAACGUUAUUUUUCGGGGCGCCAAAGCAACUACAUCGGGUUCAGAAGCUGAGUGUGAUGUGCGUCCAAGAGAAAACUAGCUAUCUGUCGUGAAAAGAUGGAAUGAAAAACGAAAAAAGCUAUAAGAAACUCUC